AUACAAACAAAUUAAGAAACUACUGCAAUACAGCCAUGGAUGCACCAAAGAAAUUCAAAUCCAACAACAAAACCAAGACAACCAAAGGCCGCCAGAAGGUCGAAAUCAAGAAGGUUGAGAAGAAAAGCAAUCUCCAGGUCACCUUCUCGAAGCGCCGCCAGGGUUUGUUCAAAAAAGCCAGUGAGCUCUGCGUGCUGUGUGGUGCUAAGGUCGGCAUCAUCGUCUUCUCUCCCAAGGACAAGCCCUUUUGCUUCGGCCACCCCGACGUCAACGCCGUCGUGGACCAAUACCUCCUGGAAAACGAAAACCCGAGUUUUGAGGAACAUAGGGAUGUCUGCCGGUGCCACGAGUUGAUUCCACUGAAUAAGGAGUAUGAGGAGGCGGUGAUGGAAUGGGAGCGGGAGAAGAUGAUUGCGGAAGCGAUUAAGCAAGGGAAGAUCAGAUUUGAAGAGUUUUGGUGGGAUAGGGAUAUUGAUAGUAUGGGGAUGGAGGAGCUUGAGGAGUACGUUAACGCCAUGGAAGAGAUGAGGAAUAGAUUGGUGAUGAGGGCCAAUGAACUGAUAACAAUGGAGGUUGCAGCUGCCACUGCAGCAGCGAAGACAGAGGUGGCUGAUGGUGAGAUUGCAGAUAAUGGUUUUACCGAUUCCCCUGAUCCUGGUUUAGGUCCUUGUGGAGGUGUAGGUGUGCAGUUCUGAUGGGAGGACGUUGCUGAAAACUUUUUUUUUUUUUUAAUUGGUUUUCUGAUUAGUACUAGUAUCUAUUAGUGUUGGUAGUACAACUAAUAAAGAAAAAAAAAAAGAAGGGUGUAUUUGAUUGUCUCAAUAAAUUUUUGUUAGCAUG